AUGGACAAAACAGAAAGACGAAAUAAAAGAAAACUAAAUGAUGAUACUACUAAUAAAGAUGAAUAUGAAACAAAUGAAAAAAAAAGAAAAAGUAACAAGAUAGAAAAAAAAUCAAUAAAUGAAAAAGCGGAAAUUAGUCUGCAUAUACAAAAUAACGUUUUUAUAAAGAAAAUAAAGGAAAAUAAACUACAAUUUGAAAAAAUUGAUAAUAUUGAAAAUAUAUAUAGGAAACUAAAAUCAAGCAUUAUUUCAUUAAAUGUGUCAUAUAUUCAAAUGGUACAUUAUGAUUCCUUUGUUUUUUAUGAAAAAAACAAAAUUGAUUUUCUAUUGCCUGAAUUAGAUACCAUAAUCAAUCCAUCUAAUAUUGAUGUAUUGAAGGAAUUACACAAUUUAUCAUUUUAUCCAAUAUAUAAUGAAACAUUAAGCAAAAGGAUCAUCGAAUGGUUAAUUAAAGAUAGAAACGAAAAUAAAAAUAAAGAAUAUACUGAAAAUAUAAAUAUGUCCUAUUUGUUUAGUUUAAAUAUUCUUCUAACAUAUUUAAUAUACAAAAAUGAUGAUUAUUCAAAUUAUUCUUGCUUAAUUUACCUUAAUAUAUUACAAUGGUUUCAAAAUGAAAAAAAAGGUUUGAAAUUCCGUCUUUUUAUACUAAAAGGAAUUCUUAAGAGAUUUCUAUUUUGUUCUUUUUAUUUUAAUGAUAACAAAUUGAAUAAAUUAAAAAAAACUGAUAAUGAAUGUGAAUUAAAUGAGGAAGAAUUAGACAUUUUAAAAAAUAUAUUUGCCGCAUUAUAUAAUAGCUUAGAAUACAUAGAUAUAAGCAAUUUUGUUAAUAUCAAUGAUAAAAAUUGUAUUUUUGAAUUAAUUAAAUUUUUUAUUGAUUUAAUUAAAAAACCUUUAAUUCAUUCAAUUCAUAUAUUAUGUAUCAAUUAUUUAAUAAAAAUUGUUAAGAAAUGUUAUGAUUUCCGAUUUACAUAUAAUAUAAAUGUAGAAUUAUAUGAAAUAGGUCCAGAAGUAAAUAUUUUUGUUAAAAUUGUAAAUUUAAUUUUUGCUAAAAUUUUAUCAAUUUUGAAAGAUACAAAAAACGAAGAAAAUUUAUAUUCAAUUGAAGAAAUAAAUAAUAUUAAUAAUUUAGUUAUUUUAUUCUUUAAGAAUAUUUUAAAUAAUUGUAUUAGAAUUAUUAUACCUCAGGUUUUAUUAAAUGAUAAACUAAAACAUAACUAUUUAUUAAUUAAUGAAAAGAAAAACAAUAAGGAAAAAAAAAAUAAAGAAGAAAUUAGUUUUGAAGAUCAGAUUGUUUUAAAUGCAUGUGAUCCUAUAUUUUCCUUUAUAGAAAUAUUUAUAAUCAAUCAUUGUGAUAAAUAUGAAAAAAAUAUGUUCAUAGAUUUAAUUAAAAUAUUAAUCAAUGAGUGCAGAAAAAUAGAAAAAAAACAUAAUAUAAUGGAAAUUAUAUGUGAUGAAUUUAUUUUAUUUAUUAAAGGGGAUGAUAAUAAGAAAAAAGAAGAGAAAUUUUUAGAUAAAAAUUAUUUAAAAGUAAGAAAAAUUAGUAAGAAAAGAAUUGACUCAAGUUUAUCGUUUAAUUUAUCUGACGAAUAUAGCUCUUCAGUUUAUUCUGAAACAGAAGAAGAAAUAGACAGCGAUGAUGCCGAUGAAGAAAUAGAAUGUAAUGAAGAAGAAGAGAAAGUAGAAAAUGAAGAAGAAAAAGAAAUAGACACAAAUGAAUUAAAAAAAAAAGUAAAGGAAAAUCAAAAUUUUGUUCAACAGAACAGGUAUGAGAAUAAAGAAAAGGAGAAAGGAGAUACAGAAGAAAACAAGAAAAUAUGGAAAAAAAUAAAGAAAACAAAAUUUGUUAAUAAGAUAGAACAUAAAAGAAAGUGCAAUUUAAUUAUUGAUAACAAAAAAUAUUUAAUUAUUUAUGAAUCAGUCAUGAUUAGAUAUUUAAAUAUUUUAUUAAAAUAUAUGAGUUGUGAAAAAUAUCAAAUAAGAAAUAUUAUACUUGAUCUAUUCUUGGCUUUAAUUAAAAAGAAAAAAACAAAUAAAAAUGAAUCAAUUUUUCAUAAUUUAUUUAAGUUAUUUUUAGAAAGGUUAGAGGAUCCCAAUAUGAUUGUUAAAGCGAAAGCCUUAUCUAUUUUAGUAAUUUUAACUAAUAGAAAAUAUCAUGAUAAUUCAUUAAUUUAUAAUUUUAUAUUUAAUAAAACAAAGGAAAAAAUAAAUAUGUACAAAAUAAUAUCAUCAAAUGUAUAUAGUAAUAGGAGUAAUAUAAGAAAAUUAACUAUACAAUAUAUAGAAGCUAUAUUUGAAACAUUAAUAAAUAAAAAUUUAAAUUAUAAAAUUUUUUUAAUUUUCAUUUCUAAUUAUAUUUAUUCAUUGUCAUUAGAUGCUAUGUCUUCUGUACGUAGGCAAGUUUUAUUAACUGUUAAUAAUUUAUUUAUAAAUGCAAGUUCAAAUAUUUAUAUAACUAAAAUAUGGUUAACUAUUAUUUUUUCUGCUAUAACUGACAUAGAAGAAACUGUAAAAGAAGAAGCUAUUUGCAUAUUUUUAAAUACAUUUAUUAAGCCAUCUUUUAAUUGCUCUAUUUUUAAUGUAAAAGAAAAAAAAAUUAUAGAAGUUUUAAAAAAAAAUAAUUUAAGAUAUUUUAAGGUAAGUCAUCAUUUAUAUAAGAAAGAAGAAAAUUCUUUAAAUAAUACAAAUGAAUUUGCUGAUAAUAAAUUUCUAGUUGAAGUAACUGAAGUUUCUAAUAAUAUAAAAAAUGUGGAAAUAAAUUAUAAUAAUGAAAAGAAUUUAACUUCAAAUCAGUUAAUGUGCAAUCAUAUCAAUAAUAGUAAUAGUAUUAAUAUUAUGAGAAAGUCAUCAGUAAAAGAAAAAAAUAAAAAUAUAAAAAAUAAUAAAGAAGAAUAUGAUAGAAACAAUGAUGGUAUUUUACAUUUAAUAAGUACAUGGGAAUUAUACUUUGAGAAAAAUAUAAAUAAUUAUUUUCUCACUCUUUUGAAAGUUAUGACAAAAUAUGAUUUAUUAAAUUUUAAUCUUCUUAUAUUUUGCUUAAAAAAAAAAAAAAAUAAUACCCUUGAAGAAUUUAUCAAUCUUUUGAAUUCUUUUAUUUAUAAUCUAAGAUAUUUUUCAAUUAGAAUGUGGAAUACAUUUAUACUUGAUUUUAUAAUUGAACUAUCAAGGCAUUAUCAAAAUAAAAUAAAUAUUGAAAAUAUUUUAUUUCUUUUAAAUAGAUGCUAUAAAAUUUAUCUUAUGAAUGUAGAUCUACAAGAUAACAUAAAAAAUACAAGUAAUUUUGAAAAUAAUAAUGAAGGAGAGAAUAAUACAAAAAAUGGUAAUACAAAUAAAAAGAAAGAGCAAUUACAAAAAAUAGAAUUGAGUAGCAAUAUGUUAUUAAACUAUAAUUUUAAGGAUGAAUUAUUAAAUGAUUAUAUUUUAAAUAAAGAUGAUUUAAUAGAUGAGAGAAAUAUUUGUUCUGAUGGAAUUUUAAAAAAUAUUAUGUUAAAAUUAUUUACAAUAAUUUACAAUUUAUUAGAUAAUAUUAACGAACUGAAUGAAGAAUUUUUACAGAAAUUGGAGUAUAUAAUUUUUCAUUUCAAAUGUCCUUUAUGUUUUAUUUAUAUUAUCUUAAAUAUAUUAAUUAAAAAAAAAAAAAAUAUAAAUAAUUUUAUAGAAAAAUUAAAAAAUAAAAUAAUAUAUUUUUUUGAAAAUAUAGAAUCUAUCCCUUACAAUAAUGUCUUUUGUAACAUUUUAAUUACAUUUGUAUUUUUAAUAAAUCAUUUUAGAAAAUGUGAUUCCUUUUUAAGUUCUGUAUGUGAAAAAUUAAAAAAAAUCUAUGAUAAUACAAGAAAUAAUGAUAUUAAUAAUAUUAUGAUAAAAAAUUGCAUAUACUUAACACAGAGUGUUUUACUAAUUGACAAAGGUAUUAAUAUUAAAAAUGAUUUAUUUUCAAAUUUAGAAAAAGAUUUAAAAAACAUAAAUACUUCCAUGAACGUACUUAAUAAUCUAAUUAUAUUAAUUUAUUACAUGGUUAUUAAUUUUGGAAGUUCAUGUAAUAAAUUUGUUUUCAUUCUUUUACGUUUUUUUAAGCAUGAAAACUCUUUUAUUAGAUAUUUAUCCUUUUAUAUUAUAUCUAAAUUAAUAUCAGAAGACUAUAUAAAAUUUAAUAAUCAAUUUUUCUUUGCCUUUUUAUAUUUAUUAGCUGAUAAAAAUGAACUAAUAAGAAAACAAUCAUUAUCAGUUUUUAAACAUAUUCUUUUAAUAUAUAAUAAGACUAACUUAAUAAACUAUAUAAUAGAAUUUAUUUUUGUUUUAAAUAAUUUUUAUAAUUUCAAGUUAAGCAAACAUUUAAGUAAUAUAGGAAAUAGUUUUGAAAUAAAAAAUAAAGAAGAUAGAUAUACUAUUUAUUGUUUUUUAUUAGAAAAUUUAACUAAUAGUGAGAAAUUUUCGUUACAGCAAAAAUUAAUUAAUGAGUAUUUAAUCCAGUAUGUAUAUAAUUAUGAUAAUUAUUAUUUUUCUGAUGAUAACUUAAAUGAAAAAAAAAAUUUGAAAAGCAUUCUUCCACUAAAUGAUGAAGAUAAUGAAGGUUCUGUAUUGCAAGAUGUGUUAAAUAUGUUAUGCUCAAAAUUAAUGAAAAUAAAAAUUAAAAAAGAUUUUGCUAAAUUAGAAGAAAAAAAUAGAAAUCUCAAAAUAAAAAAUGUAGAAAAUAGCGUAAAAGUGUUGCAUGAUCUUAUGAAAAAUAUUUUAAAAAAAAAUACACUUCCUAUAUUAUUAUCUUUACGUGCAAUUAUGCUGAAAUCCAAAUCGUUUUUUUUUAAAUAUAUAAAUAAUUUAGUUAUUUAUUUGUGCUUAGAUUAUAAAGAUUCUUUAGAUGAUUUAAUCCCUGAAACACAUGUUAAAAAUGAAAUUACUAGUGAUUUGCAGAAUUUUAUUUAUGUAGAUUUAAUUCAAUUACACACAGAACAAAGUGGCAUACUUAAUAAAAAUAUUAAUAUUAACUUUCUAGAAUUUUCAGAAAAAGAUAUAGAAGAUAAAAAUAUAACAGAAAAUGAACAACCUUAUCAAAAAGAGAGUUCAAGUGAUUAUGAUGAAGUUACUAAUGUUUUACAUGGAAUUCAUGAUAACAAUAGAAAAUCAAAAAAAAAAGGAAAUAAAAAAAAAAAAAAAAAAAAAAAACAUAAAAAAUUAAGAUAA